AUGCCCUCAUCAUGCAAAGACAUCCGUAUGCAUCCUUCAUGGUCCACCAAUCUCGCUAUCGCCGCCGAUUGCCUUCGUCCACCGCUCGUCGAUACCCUGCCCACACGAUGCCAGCAAUUGAAGAAAGGAUAUGGAGAAUGCAAGCGUGGCUUGAUCGACAUGCGCAAGAGAUUCCGUGGCAACAAACCAGUUGCGUCCAGUGUCGAGAUUGAGGCUGGCGCAGACAACCCGAGCAGACAGCUUUAUGCUGGAAAGAGCGCUUUCGGCGAUAUCAAGACGACCGAUGGCAAGGAUGCCCCUGAGGAAGAAUCAUGA